GCCCACCCCUGCCGCCGCCUGGCACGGCGAGGAUGUGAUGCUGCAGGUUACGCACGAGGUCGAGCUCGUGCCUCGCACCGCGGGCGAGCCCCUCGACGCCCGGGGGAUCCUCGGCGCAGCGGGGCGCAAGGGGCCAGCGGCAGGCUCCGGCCACGGCGGGCCGGCGGCUGCCGGCGCGCACGGCGCGGCCCCGGCAGGCCCGGGCCCGGGUGGCCGCAGGGGAUCCUGCCGCCGGGCUGGCCGGGGACCCCCCGCGUGGGCUCCCGGACUCGCCAGCAGAGACGCUGGUCGCCUUGGGCCACGCGCUGGCCAUGGGAGCAGUCUACGCCCUGCUGCAUGCCCUGGGGCCCGACCACCUGGGCACCCUCAUGACGCUGAGCGCGGCAGCUGGCAGCCCCGCGCGCGCCUUCAGAGCCGGCGCGGCCUGGGGGGCCGGCCACUGCUUGGGUAUGGUCGUGCUGGUCGCUGCGUUCGCGUGGCUGGGCCGCGCCGCGCGCGGGCGCCUGGCCGCCUGGGAGCACUACGGGGACUACCUGAUAGGCGCCUCGAUGGUGGCCUGCGCCGCGUACUUCGUGGCCAGGGAGUCCGCGCACGUUCAGCAGGAGAGGCAGACGGCACCGAGGUGCUCCGCGGCUGCUCCUGCCACGGCCCCCGCGGCCACCCCGCCGAGACGCCCGCCCUGCCGCCGGGCGCGCCCGCGCACGCCGCCUGCCUGCUGGACCUGCCGGUGAGCGCCGCCGCCUACAGCCGCGCCCCGAGGCGGCAGCGCGGCGGGAGGCCGAGGGGCUCCAUCAACUCCCUGUGCACGUCGUCGUACGCCGCGGGGGGGGGCGCCUGCCCCGAGGAGUCCGCGCCGGCGCGGCCCCCGUUGCGGAAGCGGCCGCCGGCGGGCUCGGGCGGCCUCGGCCUCACGGGGGCGCUGCUGGGCGUGUUCCAGGCGGCGUGCUGCCCGUCGGGCCUGAUAGGCGUCGGCUUCAUCGUUAGGCUGCCGGCGGUGGACCUGGCCGCCUUCUGCGCGUCCUUCGCCGCAGUGUCCGUGCUGGGCACGGGUGGGCUGGCCCUGGGCUGGGCGCUCCUCGCGAGCACCGCGGCUUGCAGCAGCUUGUCGGCCAAGGCGCUGUACCGCGCAAGCUGCGGCCUCACGUUUGCUCUGGGCGUGGCCUGGAUCGCUAUGACCUUCCACGGUGCAACCCUGGAGUUCGUCCACGCGGCGUGA